AGAGCUUUCAAAGGUGCGGCGGCGGCUCGUGUUUGCACAAGAGAAGCGGGGGGAUCUCUGGUGUGUUAUUAUAAACCCUGAUGGGCUCAGGUUACCUGCGUGAGGGUAUGAUGAGGCUCGAUCCCAACACUCAUGCUGGUUGGUUUGGUUUUGGUUCAUCCAUAAUGAUCCACGGAGGCUGCAGCUCUCAGAGGAGCUAAGCUGUAGAGAAGUUGUUGUUUUUUUUUUGUUUGUUUUUUACCGCGAUGAUCUUCACAGCAGAGCAGGUCAUCUGUGUGUGUGAGGUCCUGCUGCAGGGCGGUCACAUGGAUCGUCUCGCCAGCUUCCUCUGCACUCUUCCUCCCUCCUCCUCUUCUUCUUCUUCUUCGUGCCACUGGGAGCUGGAGAGCGUGCUGAAAGCCAAGGCAGCCGUGGCCUUUCACCAGGGCCGCUUCUCGGACCUCUACGCCCAGCUGGAGGGCUUCCCGUUCUCCCCGCGCAGCCACCAGUUCCUGCAGCAGCUGUGGCUGCGGGCCCGCUAUGCCGAGGCCGAGAGGCAGCGGGGCCGGCCCCUGGGGGCCGUGGGGAAGUACCGCGUCAGGAGGAAGUUUCCUUUACCCUACACCAUCUGGGACGGCGAGGAGACCAGCUACUGCUUCAAGGAGAAAUCGCGGAGCGUGCUCCGGGAGUGGUACCACAGGAAGCCGUACCCGUCCACCCAGGAGAAACGGGAGCUGGCCGCCGCCACCGGCCUCACCUCCACCCAGGUCAGCAACUGGUUCAAGAACCGCCGGCAGAGGGAGCGAACCGCGGAUGUCAGCAGUUUUCAGUCGCCCCUCGCUGGAGGACAUUCAGGUGAAGUCUACCUGUCCUCUGAGAAUGAAGGCAGCCCACAACCCCGGAGACGCCGCCCGACACCUCCACCCUUAUGCCACCCUCCUCUUCCUCUUCAUCACACGCAUCAAGACUGCUAGAAUUUUAUUGACUGACAAAACAAGAAAGAGCCACGGUAGCUAAACCCCGACACAAGACAGAGAUUAAAAAAAGAUAAUAAAAAUAAAUCAGCAGAAUUAAUUCACAGGUGUUUACACACAACAUCAGGGCAGUCAUGUCAAACCAGAUGUUGAGUUCAAUUCACGGACAAUGCUGGUAAACUGAUCUGUAUGAGCAGAAGUGUAACUUUUUGACCUUCAGAGUUUAAAAAGAAAUAAAUAAAAGUGAUUUGAACUUCCA